AUGGAGGGGAGCUAUUCUGUGACGGAGUCGCCACCACCGCCACCCCUGCCGCCGCCGCUGACGCUCCUCGACUUCUCGGAGAGUGGCGCCGUCAAAGCCAGGACCCUGUCGAUCACCCUCCCCAAAGACGUGCAGAAUGUCAUUGAAGGCAUCCUCUUCUCCCCGUCCCUUGUUCUGGACUUGAGCAAAAGAGGCCUUGAACAGUUAAAUGAGGAAAUCUUCAAAAUCCCUCAUCUGAAACAAUUGCAUCUCCAAAGAAACGAACUCAGCAUCAUUCCCAAAGACUUCUUUCAGCUCCUGCCAAGCCUCGUUUGGCUGGAUCUCCGGCAUAAUCAGAUCAGAGCCAUUCCUUCGGGGAUCGGCGCUCACAAGAAUCUGAAAACUUUGCUUAUGGAAAAGAAUCCCAUCAAAUCGUUGCCCGUGGAGCUGGGGAACUUGAUGUCGCUGAAAGCCUUGAACUUAAGGAACUGCCCUCUAGAAUUCCCUCCCCAAGACGUCAUCCAGAAAGGCCUGAUGGCCAUCCUGGCCUUUCUUCGCAACUGGGCCCUGAAGCAGAUGAUGGACGAUGAUCCCCUGUACCAAGCCGGGCCUCACCAGCCCCAGCAGCCAGGCCUCGACGCCGUGGGCCGUCGCUCCACGUCCACGUUCCUCGCUCCGGUUUUCGUGGAGCUGAACGGCGUCUGCCAGGCCCGUGCCACGGCCUCAGCCACGCCGGCCAUACGGUCAAUCCGUAUCAAGGGCCUCCUACGUGCCGGGCGCCGUACCGAGCCUCGCAGAGGCCAGAAGAGACGGAAGGCAGCCCCUGCCCUCAAGGAGCGCACCACCUCCGGGGGGGGGGGCCGACCCCCAAAGAGACGCCCGUAUCAAGCUGGGUGUGGGUCGGCUAGAGAAGAAAGCACCCAAGGAGAGGCCGCUUUCGAAGGCUUCCUGGAGGAGGUGGCAUUUUCGUUGGGACUUCAAAGGAUCCAGGAAGGAAAGACUGUGCCGGACAUCCAGGCCGAGGUGCCCAAAGGCCGCCUUCCAGGACUGGCCGCACCUUCCCUCCUUCUCUCCAGCCCAUUGGCCGAGGCGGCGGAGCCGACGCCCCUUCCCAUCCGUGGGGGGCCGAGCCGCAGACGGGCAUCUCACGGGCUUUGGCUUGUCUUCAGCGUUGAUCGAUCUCCGCCAACGGGAGCCGCGCCCGGUGGCCCCGGCAGCAUCGCUCGUCCCACCCCGCAGGACUCCUCCAUGGAAGACUGCGGACCUUUGGUCACCUCGUCAGCUCGGUUCCAAAUGCCUUUCCAGGAAGGUGGCAUCAUUGGCUGCUUCUGCCAGGGGGGUGGGCACGCUGAGGCUUCCGCGGCCCUCCUCUUUGCCCGUUUUUCUUCUCUGUGCCAGGCCGGGGGACAGGAGAGGAAAGCUCCCGGGUGUUCAGAAAUUGUCCCCGUGAAAAGGGCGAAUUCCUUCAGAGACUCCUCGAGAGGCAAACACGGCUCGCCCGAGAGGCCGGCCUCCACCAAGGAGGCCCUGCAGCCGUGGAAGGGCCGGCAGGACGCCGCCAGAGCCAAGGAGUAUUCCUUCCCGCCCGUGGAGAAGCUGAACCUGGCCGACGUGGUGGAGCCCAGCAUGGACUUCUCCGAGGACUGGACCAACGAGGAGGAGAUGAAGCAGUUCUGGAAGCUGCGGCGGGAAAUCGUCGCCAACGAGAAAGCGGAGAUCCUCGCCAACCAGCUGCUGCCCGCUCAGUUCCCCCUCGAGCUGGGCGAAGCUCUGCCCAACGGCCGAGGGAAGGAGCGGCUCCCGAAACCCAGAAGCAACUUCAGAAAGAAAGCAUCUUCCUUCAAGAACAUGUUUCCUGAGAUUCCAUCCUACGAGACAACGAUUCAAACCAAGAAAGACGAAGAAAGACGGGUGGCUGCCCUGAAGGAGCUAAAAGAGAAACAAGCCUUAAUAGAGCAACGGAAAAGAGAUAAAAAAAUGCUGCAGAAAUGGCGCCAGCAAGCCGAAGUCAUGAAAAAAGAAAAGGAGGCCCUCAUGACUGUGCAGCCUCCACCCAAGGAUAUGGUCCUCAUGAACGCGCCAUUUGCCACCGAUCCUUUGGCCGAGAAAAAAGAAUUCGAUUCCCUCAAAAAGCAGCAGCUGAAUCAGUGGAAACUGAGGCCGGAGAAGGACGAGCUGAGAGCCUCCAAAGACCUGGAGAUCGAAGAAAGAAUCAGGCAGCACAUGCAGGCCUUGCAGGAAAGGAGGAGGCGAGCCCGGGGGAGCCCUCAGGAGGAGAUGAAGGGGGCCGCCGAGGACCUGGAGAUCGCCCGGAAGCUGCACGAUGACGUGGUCAGGAGGUACCUGGAGCCCGACCUGCGCAGAGAGUACCGUUUCACGGCCUUCACCGGCGACGUGAACCUUCACAGCCCCGUGUCUCGGUCCCAGAAUAUAUUUUUGAACAUGAAAUUUUAGGGAUCCGGAGCCUGUCCCGCAGGGCUCCGGCGGGAGCCCCCCCGGGUACGCCGCGGGCCUCCGAGGUCUUCCCCGCGGACAGCGCGCAGACGAGGCCCCGAGUCGGGGUGUCACCGGGAGCCGACGCCCACGGCAUAUUUUUUAACCAUUUUCUCGUUCAGAGGCUGGAAAGUGUUUUCUCUGCAUUAAAAAGUGCCCCACGG